AUGAUUUCUAAUACUAUUAUUACCAUUCUCCUUUUCGCCCUCCUCACCCUCACCCACGCUCGCUCGGUGCCUCCAAAUGUCCGAGAGUUUUACAAUAAAGUCAAAGAUGGCCUAUGCCCCGUUGCCGUCGCCAAAGGUUUCUCCCAAGGAGCGUACUCUGGUGAAUCUAACUACUGCGUUGAUAAAGACCAUACCGUGAUGUGGAUCGCUGCCCCCAGUGGCCUCGCCGAUAUGGAUAUUGAUUGCGACGGCGCCAAUAAUAGCCAUGGAAAGUGUGCCAAUGAUCCGAGUGGUCAGAGCAUUACAAGCUUUGUAGGCGAGGUCGUGAAGCACGGUCUCUCCGACUUAGACUCCAACAAGCAUAGCUUUGUCGUCCUGGGAAACCACAACUUCAACCCCCAGAGUGUAGGAAUCGAGCCCUUGAGCUUGGUAGCGGUUAUCUGCGGAGAUAAAAUGUUCUACGGUAUUUGGGGGGAUAGCAAUGCUGCUGAUCAGGUCGGAGAGGCUAGCAUUUCGUUAGCAACUGCCUGCUUUGGAGAUUCCAUGACAGGAAACAGUGGGCACAACCAGCAUGAUGUUCUGUAUCUUGCCUUCCCAGGGAAGGAUGCUGAUUGCAAGGAUGCUGCCCAUUGGAGUGCGUCGUCCUUUGAAGAAUUUGAGGAUUCUCUGGCGCCCGUUGGCGACAAAAUGGUUGCUGGCAUCCAUGCUUAA